GAAGCCUACCGUUGUCCCUGGUAGAACGACAUCCGGGUACGAGAGUGAGGGAAAACUUGGCAUAUGAGAAGAUUGAAGUCGAAGGUGGUUGGCCAAGAUGCCAGAAGGGAGGCGGACGGUGGGAGGAAGCUCGUGACUCUCGAUGACCUCAUCGAUGCCCUGGACAAGUGCGAAAGGGCGCCAAGCAAUGUCCCAAAGGUCGAGACUUUUCACUUCAAGGGGGACAAGGUAUCCGACUCGUUGGAUCUGAUAGAACAGGCACUGGUAGGACUGUCAGAUGAGGUCAAUCUCCAGCGGGUCCUGAGGUACGUCCUGCACCGCCACCAUCGGGAAGUGACUAAGGUUGUGGAUGCCGCCGGUGGCAGUUGGACAAAGUUUGGGGAUCUAAUGCGAAGGAAGUACAGGUUGGGGGACGACCUGUUGACCAUGGCUGACUUGGAGGCCAUGAACAAGGAAUAUUUCUUUACCAUUGAGGCGUUCGUGCACGAGUUUAAGAAAAGGGCGAGAAAAGUGCACGGGAUUUCUGAGGAGGCGCAAUGCGCCACAUUUCUGGGACUGCUUACGGGCUCGGAGGCCACCGAGCUAACCAAGUAUGGAGAAGGGAGCGAGAGGCUCACCUGGGCAACCAUUGAUAAGGGAGUGGAAGAAGGGAGUCUAGACCAGGUGGAGCAGCACCAAAUGAGGCUGCAAAGGCGCAAGAGGAAGGAGAGGGAUGCUACCGCAUCCGGGACCCCAGGUGUGAAAAGGAUCGUUACGGAUGUGUUGGCAGCACUGGGGUAUGACAAUGAAGCGGAGAUACAGAAAAGAGGGGUGCCAGUGGCCCAAGGCCGGACGUCAGGGGCAAUAGAGGAGGAGGUUGGGCAAAAAGACUACAGCGGAGGGGAGACAGGCUCCCAGAUGGGCCACACUAUACGGUUCUGCCAACAGCGGCGAAACGAUGAGUUGGCGGGGUUGAUCUCCUCAUGCAUGGACGGAGAUAUAUUCGAUAGGUGGGGGACGCAUAUUGACCCCAGGACUCCGGGAGGGAUUAGGGAAGAGGCCCUUAAGAGAGCAGCGGCAGGACCACCAGCAGCUCCAGCAAUGUUUAGAAUAUGGCAGGAGAGGGAGGACUCGGGUGUGAGGAUCGAGGAGAUUGUGGACGAGAACGAGAAAGUGACUCAACAACUAAAGGCAGGGACCAUAAAGGAGGAGCCCAUAAUUGUUGAGUCCGACGACGAGGAGGAGGAGGUAAGAGAGUCGGCCCUGACCAUCCUAGAAAAGAUGGAGGACCUGCUUGCAAAAGUGGGCUGGUACCAGGACCAGUUAAGAGUAAUGUGCGAAGAAGCCCGGGAGUGGGAACUGAACCUUCCUAAGGUAAUGCUCUAUGGGUCCGGCCCGGAGUCAUCGUCAGGGCCACAAGGAUGUCCAAGUGUAGCAACAGUUGGGGCAGGCCCUAAGUCAGGGAUGACCUUUAGACCCCCCACGUCGCAUGGAAGGGUGCCCCAGGCCACGCAGACUAGGGGCCAAAGCAAGGCUACCGCCAGUCAAGGACCCAGCCAGGCACCCACUCGGGCGCCCCCUCGAAAGGACCCUGAGCCCGAGCGAAGGAAAGAAGUGGUAGAGGUUCAAGAAGAGGAAGAUGAGGGCGAUGACGAGGAGGACGAGAGGCUCCGGCAGGAGGAGGACCGGAGAGCGGAACAGAGGGCCAAGAAGAGAGGGGCUCAGGGAGGGGCGGAGCCAAGCUUGCACGAUGGCGUACCGAAGAGGAAAAAGUAUGCAGUCUGGCUAGAGGAAGGCUUUGACGUGGAGCGAAUGGUGGACAAGCUCCUGGAGGGCCAUAACGAUUUGAUGAAUUUAAAGGACAUUUUGGCGUCGGCACCAAGGCUCCGUGGCGAGCUAAAAGGGCGGCUCUCGCGAAGGCACAUGAUUAGGGCCAUGCAGACGGUUAGUCCACAUAUCACUCAGCCCUACAUUGACGAUUUGGCGGUCAAGGGUCCAAAGAAGAAGGAGGAAGACGAACUGAUGCCAGGAGUGAGGCGGUUUGUCUGGAAGCACGUCCAGGAUAUCGACCAGGUUCUGGGUCUGCUGGAAGAGCACAACCUGACAGCGAGUGGCCCCAAGUCGAAGCAUUGCAUGAGGGAGGCCACGAUUCUGGGCUUUGUCUGCAACGAGAAGGGGCGGAGGCCAGAAGUGAAGAAGACGGACAAGAUCCUGGAGUGGCCAGUCCCCUUCCAGUCGAUAACGGACGUGAGGAGCUUCCUUGGGACCUGCGGGUUUUGGAGGACUUUUGUGAAGGAUUUCGCCACCAAGACGGAGCAUUUAAGAAAGCUGGUGCGUCAGGAUCAGGAAUGGGUCUGGGGCGAGGACCAGGAGAAGGUUGUGGAAAGGAUGAAGGGAGAGUUCAGGGAAGGAGGCUUGGUGUUGGGAGCGCCGAACUACGAGGUCACGGAGGAGAAACCAUUUGUUGUCGAGACGGACGCUGGGCCAACUGCCUUAGGAGGAGUCCUGAUUCAGGCGGAGGCUGAUGGGAAGGAGAGGCCGCUGAGGUUUGAAAGCCGCACCCUCAAUACGACUGAAAGGAAUUACUCCCAGUUUACGAAGGAGACGUUGGCGUUGGAGAGGAUUCCCGGGGACAAGAACAGGGCAGAUGGAUUGAGCCGUAUCAACUGGGACGGGGCGAAUCAAGAAUCAAUUGAGGAUACCCCACCAGUUGAUGGGUUCUUGAACCAGGCAGAGGACGUCCGCCUCCACAUAAAUGAAUGGUCGCUAAGGGUGCGUAGCUGCGUCACGCAUCCUAUAUGGCUAGCACCAAGGGGGUACAAGCAGAAGGAGGAGUUGGUCCUCAAACCCUUCCAGGAAGAAGAUCCGUGGGGGAGUAGGGAUGUUGGCUGGAUGAUGAGGUUGGCAUUGGCAGGGACACAUAGUCUAGCGGAGGAGGUAAGGACGAUAGAGGAAGGUCCGACCCUGAUAGAGGAACAUGAGCAACUGAUGGGAGGAAUGUACUUGCUCACCAACACGCUCCUGCAGGGGAACUUUAGCCAGAGGAGCGCCGCAAGUUUAGAGGAGGUCGAGCUUCUUAUUCCUGAGAGUCAGGACGACGAGUUCGAAGAGGGAGAGAUCAAGGAGGCCUUCCAUGUUGAGGAGUAUGACGGGAUCUAUCGGGAAUUGGGGUUACUCCUGUCGUGCGAAAUAAGGGAUAGGGACGCUAGUGCUAAAGCCCAGAAGAUGAGGCAUCUUUAUGUAGUAAGAGAUGACCAUCUGUUUAUAAAGCGACAAGUUGGGAACCCCAAGAGGAUCGUAUGUGGGAGGAACCGGCAAAUCGAUGUCAUAGCAGCCUUACACGAUGGUAUAGCAGGGGGGCACAGAGGGGUUAGUGCCACGUGCCCAAAUACGCGGGCCUGGCUAGGUGCGUGCGGGGGUGGUGGUCGGAAGGGAGAUGACGGGGCUGUGGACGCAGCGGACAGUGGGAGUGACAAGCCGAGCGGAGGGAGCCGAGCGGCACCGAGCGGUCGAGCUGGCCAGUGCGGCGGAGUGAUGAACGUAGGGGUAGGAGGAGGAGGAGGUGAAUCUGGCCGGGUCGCCGUGCCGGAUGCGUUUAGUAAAGGAAACGAUGGCAGGACGAGCUGGCGCAUGCUAAGGAGGGGUAGGGGCGGACGCCGCGGAGGGUGAAUACUGGCGGGGGGGGAGUUUUGGUCGACAGAAUGAGUAUCACAGGUGAAGAACAGGAAGGAGCGCGUUGGAUACGGGAUAGUAGGUGAGAAGGUAGAGGCGGGAUGAGUUCCGCAGAGACGGGCGAAGGGGGAGAAAUGGUGUGAAGAUACGAAUGAAUCGGUUUGAAGUUA